UGCCUUUUCAGUGGCAUUGCCCUGCAAUUUGAUCGAGAUAAUAACAUUUUUCUACUCAUCUGUUCAUUAUUUUCUGACACAGUUUUAAUAAUAUCUAUUAGCAAGUUUUGUGGCACUUGGACCUAAUAUAUGUUCAGCAUAACUUAAAAAUCCAUAUAGUACAUCACUAACUUAGAAAAAAAAUACCGGCACGACAUGGAGGUGUUUAUUUUUUUGUGACAAAGUACCCUGAUUAGUGGUUACUGCAAGGGUAACACGCGCGCAUCAACACAGAUCCACAAUUUUGAAAAACCAGGGAAACAAAUCCCCCCGCCCCGUCAUACACGCUUCCCCAAACUCUUGUGUGAUAAACGGAAAAAAUGGUUAGUUCGAAAGACGUAUCUUCUACCGACAGCGAAAACUCCUCCGGCGAUAUUCCUAACACUAAACCUAGUGUCUACUUUGAAGGAGAAAAAGUUCUAGCUUAUCAUGGCCCUCGCAUCUAUGAAGCUAAGGUCCAAAAAGCAGAGCUUCGGAAGAACGAAUGGAGAUACUUUGUUCAUUACCUUGGCUGGAACAAAAAUUGGGAUGAAUGGGUAGGAGCUGACCGCUUGAUGAAACACACGGAAGACAACGUCUUGAAGCAGCAGGCACUGGACAAGAAGCAAGGGAUGGAAAAAAGUACUAGGUCUGGACGUUCACAGGCAAAACCAAAAAGCUCAGCUGAUGUUAAACUGGAUAAGGAGGAAACUAAGAGCAAUGUUCCAAAAGGGAAAAAGCGCAAAGCUGACUCAGGCACUGAGAAGGGCAAUGUAUCUGCGGAGAAACUUGUGAAGAUUCAGAUUCCGUCUACUUUAAAGAAGCAACUGGUUGAUGAUUGGGAAUUCAUCACACAGCAGAAUAAGCUUGUGAAGCUCCCACGAUCUCCCACUGUGGAUGAUAUAUUGGCCAAGUAUCUUGAAUACCGAUCCAAAAAGGACGGGAUGAUGACUGAUCCAGUUGCGGAGAUACUGAAUGGAAUUCGAUUGUAUUUUGACAAAGCACUGCCUGUUAUUUUAUUGUACAAGAAGGAGCGCCAACAGUAUCAUGAAGCAGUUUCAGCUAAUGUCUCUCCAUCUAGUGUAUAUGGUGCUGAACAUCUGAUGCGCCUUUUUGUAAAAUUGCCUGAGUUACUUGCAUAUGCAAAAAUUGAAGAGGAGACAUUGAAUCGAAUGCAGCAGAAAUUUCUAGACUUUCUCAAGUUUUUACAGAAAAACCAGGGUACUUUCUUCCUAUCUGCUUAUGAUGGUCCUAAAGCCUCUGAAGGAAGUGGUACGGAUAAAGAUAGCUGACCAGUCCACCAAUUUAGCCAUAGCCAGAUUGUUUCGCAUCAGAAGCAUUGUCAGUAUUUCUUGAACAUGCCAGUAUGCUUACAUGUCAGUUAUAGGCGAACUCUCUGUUGUUGUAUGUUGUGGUCUGUAACAGUAUAUCAGUUUUUUCUUUCCUAGAGAACCAUUCAAUUUCAGCUUAUAUAGUCAGGUGAUCAGCUUUAGAGAGGAGAGUUCUGCCUGUAAAAUAGUGUACUUAUUGUUGUUGAAUUGCAUGCACCUGUAGAGUUUAGUGUCAUAAAAAACUGUAGAUGAUUGCGAAACUUCAGUUACAAUUUGCAGCUGCCAAUGUACUGGAAGGUGUUUGUUGUUAUUUUAUACUCAGAUUGGACUCA